CAAAUUAGACUUGUGAGUAUUCGAGGUCUGCCAGAACACUGAUCAGGACAAUGUGUGACCGUAGAUUCAAUGGAAUGAGCCAUGCCGCCCAUGCGUUGGCAUUUACAGAGGCGUGUCGAAGAAUCAGUUUUCUGGCGUGGGACCAACCCAGUGCAGGCCGGUCGCAAUCGGUGAAGGGUCACCGUGUCAGGAAAGCUGUUCAUGUGACAGCCUUUGCCACAAUGUAAAUAAGAUAGAUUCCACAGCUUUUAAACGGCUUAAGUAUUCCACUAGAGCAUAUGUCCGUGGGUCCCGGGCACCGACAGUGUCGCUUCCGUGAGCUUUCCGCUUUACCCAGCCAUCUCAGUGCAAGGACCAGGCGACAAAACUAUAUUAUUAAAGCCAAUACUACACAUUGCUUUCUUGUAAUCCACCAGCCCAAGCUUGUCGCUCGAUUCCGAACAUUCGUUGGCACGGCUUGCGUGCACUCCAAACACCGUAAACGAAACAUGGGUGUCCUAUUUGAUGGAGAUGAUGAAUCGCUGGUGCCGCCCGAGGCACUGCAAAAGAUCCAGAAGCUACUCCACGAGCUCAUAGAGCACCGCUGCGGCGCGCUGCCCGCCUUUCCAGAGUGGCGGCAAACCGGGCUGCCCGACCUCAAGGCGCACCUGGACAAGCACUGGGAUCCCGUGACCCGCAAGCCCAACCAGAAUAUGGAGCAGCAGUACGUGCCCGUGCCCGGCAUCGCACGUGACACCGUGCGCGCUGCCGUAUCAGGUAACUGCAAUGUGCAAAACGGACAGUACGGCGGCUUCAGUUUCGAGUUCGAGCAGAUUGGGCCGGAGCCCGUGCUCGUGAGUGUGUCGUGGUGCCGCGUGGCGGGCGGCUCGGGGCAGCGGCACAGGAUCACGCUGCAGGGCACCGAGCUGGUGGAGGAGGGCUUCGCCUGAGCGCCAGCGGCGGCGGCUGCGAGACAGCGAGACGGCUGGGUGGCGGUGGCUGGGUGGCGGUGGCUGGCAGGUGGCUGGAAGGCAGCGGCUGGGAAGUGGAAGAGCAAGUCCUGUGCAAGCCCCUUGCCCACAGCCUCCGGCAAGCCGGUGACAGCUGGCUUGAUGGCGUGCGGGACGCCGGGGCACACCCAAGGGUGCAUCCCCGCACUUGGCAUGCGGUCAUUGCACAUGUCAAUGGGCACGGGGCCGAUUAAGUGUACCUGCCUACCUGGGUUUACCCCUGAAGUGUAGCUAGCUCGUUCCAGUGCCGCUGAUUCAUUACAAUAGUAAUGGUUGCCAAUCAUGCCAUGCAUGGAGGAUUUUAUGCAGAUGGCAGACUAAUAACAAAAAGGGUGCAAAUCGUGUCACGUCGUCAUUGCACCGACCGCGCUAGAGCUACGACCAAGUGAGUAGUAAUGGAGAAGUCGCAUUGCAGGGGAAAUUCGUGGUAACUGGCACGAUUUUAUAUUGACCCCACCAGAACAUCUGCCUGAUACUCGUGCAUGACAUACCUACAGUAAUGCUAAUAUGCCCUAGUUUGAUACCCAGUCUAAGCACCCGCGCACUGUACAAAUUUGCGCGUUUGCCCACCCACACGGUCAACCCCACUAGUGUCACAGCUGACACCACUGUCUGACAGUACCGCGAUUGCGCGCGCCAGUCUCCC